AUGUCUCGCUCCAGCCUCGUCCAAGCCUCGCGGCUCGCCUCACAAACUCUCUCAAGGUCCGCCGCGCCUUCGUCCCGUGCCGCUCUCCGCCCUCUCCCGGCUCUCCUCUCCCACAGCGCCGCCGCCUUGCGCCAAGUACCCAGCGGCCGGCGACACCUCUCGCUGUCGACGCCGCUCCGCAAGGGCAUCAUGCCCGACACCGAUUCGCCGGUCAAGGAGCCGCUCGCCUCGCCCGAGCCCACGUACGGCGCCGUUGAGCUCACCGAAGCCGAAUACCACGACAUUGCCGACGCGUAUCUCGAGGGCGUGCUCACGCAGUUUGAAGCGCUGCAGGACACGCGGGAAGACAUUGACAUUGAGUUUGCUUCUGGCGUCAUGACAAUCACACACUCGGACAAGGGCACGUACGUCAUCAACAAGCAGCCUCCCAACAAGCAAAUAUGGCUGUCGUCGCCCCUCUCCGGGCCAAAGCGAUACGACUGGUGCGUCGUCGGUGAAGGCCAGACCGACAAGGAGGGUACCGGUCAGGGGCGCUGGAUCUACGGCCGCGACGGCAGCAGUCUGAAUGACCUCAUCCUCGAGGAGCUGGGCGUGGACCUUUCGACGGCCGCUUCGAGCUAG